CCGGGGGUUGGCCUCGGGGGCCGCCCCUCCCGUGCUCCCCGGCAGCUGCUCCUUCCCUGACGGCGCUGGAGGGCCCUGCAUCGGCCCACGAAACCCAAUGGCGCUACCCGCCUGGCUGCAGCCCAGGUAUAGGAAGAAUACCUAUCUUUUCAUCUACUACUUAAUCCAAUUCUGUGGCCACUCAUGGAUAUUUACCAAUAUGACAGUCCGGUUCUUUUCAUUUGGAGAAGAUUCCAUGGUUGAUACUUUCUACGCUAUUGGUCUUGUGAUGCGUCUUUGCCAGUCCAUUUCCCUCCUGGAGUUGCUGCACAUAUAUGUUGGCAUUGAACCAAACCAUCUCUUUCCUAGGUUUCUGCAGCUCACAGAGAGAAUAAUCAUCCUCUUUGUGGUGAUCACCAGUCAAGAGGAAGUCCAAGAAAAAUAUGUGGUGUGUGUUUUAUUCAUCUUUUGGAAUCUAUUGGAUAUGGUUAGGUACACUUACAGCAUGUUGUCAGUCAUAGGGAUAUCCUAUGCCGUCUUGACCUGGCUCAGUCAGACACUGUGGAUGCCCAUUUAUCCUCUGUGUGUUCUUGCUGAAGCAUUUGCCAUCUAUCAGUCGCUGCCAUAUUUUGAAUCAUUUGGCACUUACUCCACAAAGCUACCCUUUGAUUUAUCAAUCUAUUUCCCAUACGUGCUGAAAAUAUAUCUCAUGAUGCUCUUUAUAGGCAUGUAUUAUACCUACAGUCAUCUUUACUCAGAAAGAAGAGACGUCCUCCGAGUCUUUCCCUUUAAGAAAAAGAAAAUGUGAAGCACUGCAUUCCGAUGUGAGAGAAGGAAGGACAGGCUUGUGGACUCAGCUGCAACGAACAACACAGGAAGCAGCCUGCUGGAAAAAUACCUGCUACUGGACACGGCUCCGCGACAACCGCCUUCUCGAGCUUGAGGCAGAUCGCAGCACUCUUAUCCUUGCAUGUUCCACGCAACCUACUUUACCAAAGCUGUGGAUUUUAUACAAGUAACUUUACAUUGAUUCUUUUCCUGUAAGGCAAAUGAGAAAUAGAUUCACUGGAAUGGAUUCAAUGAAAUUGAGAAACCAAACUUGUUAGCCGGGAUUUUAUCUGUUUACAUCUUUUUCUUUUCACUUUGGAGUUUGCAAAUAGCAACUCCACAGGAGGGCAACAAUGUGAAAUAUGUGUCAGUUGUCUAGAAUAACAUUUUAUAGACAGAUGUCACCCUCACCAGGGCUCACCCCCAUCUUACACAUUAGACACGCUGAGAAAAUUCUACAUUUUCCAAGCCCUGAGAAAGUAUUCAUUAAUAUUUGGAGUUUGAUGCCUUAAAAAGAGGAGACUGAUGAAAACAGAAUGGAUCUUUGGUAAAUAUACAAAUAUUUAUUUGAUCCAUAUUCCUUUUCUGGGGCAGGGGUUGAAAUCAGGCCAUGUUACUUACCUUACAGGGAGGCAAAAGGUAAAAAUCUAGAGUAAAUUAUUUUAAAGAAGAUAAGGCAGUUAAUUAGUGAUGUUUCAGAUUACUAUUGAAUUAUUUUUGCUAACCACUGUCAC